GGAAAAGGCUGGAAACUGGAAUGAACGACACGUCAACUUGAUGAAAUGUCAAAUUUUUCUGAAUAAUUUGAUUGCGAGUAUUUUAAGCUCGUUCGAUUUUCUUUUUAAAAUUAAACUAUAGAAAGGAACUCUUGCUGCAGUGUCAAGUUUUCCUAGCCGACACAUCGUUAUAUUAUUAGAGUCGAAUAUUUGUAAUUAAAUUUAGAAACUUCAAAUGGCAAUCGGACCACAAAAGGCAGACAUCGAAGCUGUGUUCCAACGUCUUCGUGCAUUGCCCACAAAUAAAACGUGUUUCGAUUGCAAUGCCAAAAAUCCUACAUGGGCUACCGUAACCUAUGGCGUUUUCAUCUGCAUAGACUGUUCAGCUGUUCACCGGAGCCUUGGAGUUCACUUAACAUUCGUUCGUUCAACAAAUUUAGACACGAACUGGACAUGGCUCCAAUUGAGGUCAAUGCAAUUAGGUGGCAAUGCAAAUGCAGCGCAAUUCUUUCGACAGCACAAUUGCAACACCACCGAUGCACAACAGAAAUACAAUUCAAGGGCAGCACAACUGUAUAGGGAUAAGUUGAGUGCGACAGCGCAACAAGCCAUGAAAGUGCAUGGGACACAGCUUCAUAUAGACAGUGCUCAGGAAGCUAGCGAUACCAACAAGAAAGAUGAAGACUUCUUUGCUGAAUGUGAAAAUGACAAUAGCGAUGCGUUCAGUGUGAGUAACAAUAACUAUGAAUCGUCCGUUGUAAGCAAGCCUGCAGUUAAACCGGAAUUAACACUCAACGAUAUGCCUCCAAUUGGUGCCCCAAGCGUCGAUCUACUAGGCUCAAACGCCCCAAAUGAGCCAAUCAAAUCGACCAUCGGUGUUCGAAAAAUUCAACCGAAGCGUACAGGUAUGGCUGGUGCUAAGAAAGGUGGUCUCGGUGCGACUAAAGUCAAAACUAAUUUUGCUGAUAUUGAGCAGAGAGCGAAUUUAUCCGAUCAGCACAAAGAAUUGGCACCCGAGAAAAAGUUGACCGUUGAAGAAGAAGCCGAAACAAUAGCUAGUGUUCGACUUGCCUACCAGGAUCUGUCGAUGAAAGCAAACCAGGAGGAAGAGAAACUGAAGCGCAUCGACCCGGCCAAGGCUAAGCAAAUGGAACGUCUCGGAAUGGGUUUUAAUCAUAAGUCUGGCGUAUCACAUUCAGCCUUAACCGACAUGAAAACGAUAACUCAAGAAGCGUCACCGAAAUUCUCAACGAAAACCUACGAAAAGGAGCCAAAAGAUGACUUUUUCGACGAGUACUCGACACUGUACUCAGCGCCAUCAAAACGGGACCAUGAACUCGAAAUGAUGGGCUUCGAAACCAUUGAGCCCAUCAAUUCGAAUUCCAAUGUUUCGACAAUGUUCUCGCCAACACCGUCGAAAAAUCGUAACAUUGCCGACCAGCCCACUUCACGUAGUAAUGCCAAAGUUACGCCGGGCGGUACAAAAUACACAACCUAUGACAAUGACGACGCUGCUCAGAAAAAAUUCGGAUCGGCCAAAGGAUUCGGAUCGGAUCAAUUUUUCAACACCGAAGCUACGUCAUUCGAGCGAUCGGCCAAUCUGGCAAAGUUCCAGGGGUCAAACAGUAUUUCGUCGGCGGAUUAUUUCGGUGAUGGACCAAGUGGCGGCAGGACCGAAGGACGAGGUUACCGAGGACCGAGUUACUCGGGACCAGAUUUGGAUGAUGUAAAGGAAAGUGUACGACAUGGCGUUACUAAAGUAGCUGGCCGCUUGAGCUCAAUGGCUAAUGAUAUGAUGUCUUCUUUUCAAGACAAGUACGGUGGUUAACGAGCAAAUUGCAAUCUAUUUUCGUUUCUUUGUUACACUCAUUCAUUCAUUUUUUGUUCGUGAAUCGAUAUGUCAAGUUGGUUAAUCUUUUGUCUUCGAAGAAAACGCGAGAAUCUGAUGAACAUUUCCAAAAUAAUUUUUCGUUUUCCAGAUAAUUUGAAAUUUAAUUCUCGAACCUUUUUCCCCUUUUUUUCUUUAUUUUUUUUUUGGUUUGGUUCACUGUUGCAACCUUUAGUCAAAAAUCACAUACUUUUUAGCUUUAAACUAGCAUGUGCUACUUGUAAAGGGAUUUAAAUUGUAAAAUAAAACCACAAGAAAAUAUUGCCUGAAUUAAAUAAGAAAAACUAAUAAAAGAUACUUUAUUGUUCCACAA